UGUUAAACCCUGUAGAUGAAUGAAUGCAUGACCUACGCUGGUAGGAAGUGGUUCGAAAUAAUCAGAAAACCACCUUUCCCUUUUCCUCCCCUAGAAAACUCUCAUCGAUGGAGCCGGAGCCAGAGCCCAGAGAGAGGGGUUUGUGUGAGGCAGUGAGAGUGUCAGCGGCCACAGCCAGCGCCUGUCGCUGUGUCCCCCUUCUCCUCCCGUGCUCUCUCAAGAAAAGCAGCCGGGCACUCACGCGGAGGGCCUGACCACCACCACCAACACCACCACCCCACCCUCGGCCGGCCCAAGGCCAAGAACCCCCCACCCGCGCCCCAAAUGCCUCCUCCCUCCCCCUCCCCCUGCCCCCGCCGCUGCCUUUUCUUCUCCCUCCUCUCGGCCUCCUUCCUCGCGCUCGGGGCGGACGGCGCCGGCGGCGGCGCCGGGGACGGCGGAGAUGCCGCCGCAAUGCAGGCGCUGCGGCGGGGGCUGGCGCCGCCGGACUGGGCGGCCGCGGACCACUGCUCCUGGCGCGGCGUCACGUGCGGCGACGGCGGCGCGGGCGCGGUCACCGCGAUCGACCUGCCGCGCCGGGGCCUCCGCGGCGACUUCUCGGCCGCCGCGGGGCUCCGCGCGCUGGCGCGGCUCGACCUCUCCUUCAACGCGCUCGCCGGAGGCGUCCCCGCGGCGCUCGGCGCGCUCGCCCGCCUCGAGCUCCUCGACCUCUCCAUGAACAAGCUCUCCGGGCCCAUCCCGCCCGCCCUCGGCCGCGCCGUCGGUCUCAAGUUCUUGAACCUCUCCAACAACGCGCUGUCCGGCGCCAUACCCGAUGAGCUCAAGGCCCUCAAGGGACUCCAAGAAGUGCAGAUUUCCGGCAACAACCUGACAGGCGCCAUCCCCGCCUGGCUCGCCGGGCUCCCCGGCCUCCGCGUGCUGUCCGCCUACGAGAACGCGCUCUCCGGGCCGAUCCCGCCGGGUCUCGGGCUCUCGUCGAAGCUCCAGGUGCUCAACCUCCACUCCAAUGGCCUCGAGGGGAGCAUACCCAGCAGCGUCUUCGAUCUCGGUACUUUGCAGGUCCUGAUCCUCACCGUGAAUAGGCUCAACGGCACCAUCCCGGACACCAUCGGCCGGUGCCUCGGCCUCUCCAACGUGCGCAUCGGCAACAACCGCCUCGCCGGCGCCAUCCCGGCGUCGAUUGGCGACGUUACCAGCCUGACCUACUUCGAGGCCGACAGCAACCAGCUGUCCGGUGCCAUCCCUGCUCAGUUCGCUCGCUGCGCCAACCUGACGCUGCUCAAUCUGGCCUACAAUCGCCUCGUGGGUGAGGUGCCAGACAUGCUAGGGGAGCUGAGAAACCUGCAAGAGCUCAUUAUAUCUGGCAACGGCCUCGGCGGUGAGUUCCCGAGGUCAGUACUGCGGUGCCGGAACUUGAGCAAACUGGACUUGAGCUACAACGCUUUCCGUGGUGGCUUGCCAGAGACCAUCUGUAACGGAUCGAGGAUGCAAUUUCUAGUGCUCGAUCACAAUGAGUUCUCUGGUAGCAUCCCGCGUGGUAUAGCUGGUUGCAGCCGGCUUCUUGAGCUGCAACUUGCUAACAACAAUCUUAGUGGUGAGAUACCAGCUGAAAUGGGCAAGAUCAAGAGCUUACAGAUUGCUCUGAAUCUCAGCUUCAAUCACCUUUCAGGGCCUCUGCCCCGUGAGCUUGGGCGGCUUGAUAAGCUCGUUGCGCUGGACUUGUCAAGCAAUCAGAUAUCUGGUGAGAUCCCUGGUGAUAUGAGAGGGAUGAUGAGCUUGAUAGUUGUCAAUUUGUCAAACAAUCGGCUCCGUGGUGCCAUACCGGUGUUCGGACCAUUUCAGAAGAGUUCAGGGUCCAGUUUCUCUGGCAAUGCCAAGCUGUGCGGUGACCCGCUGGAUGUGGACUGUGGAUCAAUUUAUGGAUCCAAUUAUGGAUUGGACCACAGGAAGGUGUCUUCCAGGGUGGCUUUGGCAGUUGUGGGAUCCUGUGUUCUCAUCUUCUCAGUGGUAUCAUUGGUGGUCACAUUGUUCAUGUGGCGUGAGAGACAGGAGAAGGAGGCUGAUGCAAAGAAGGCCAAUGCAGGCGAGGUGAUCGUGGAAGCACCACAGGUCAUGGCCUCAAGCGUGUUCAUUGAGAGCUUGCAGCAGGCAAUUGAUUUUCAGAGUUGCGUGAAGGCAACAUUCAAGGAUGCCAAUGCACUGAGGAGCGGGACGUUCAGCACAACCUACAAAGCUGUCAUGCCAUCCGGAAUGGUGGUCUGUGUCAAGAAGCUGAAGUCGGUUGAUCGUGCGGUCAUCCACCACCAGUCUAAGAUGAUCCGAGAGCUCGAGCGCCUUGCACACAUGAACCACCCUAACCUGGUUCGUCCUAUUGGGUAUGUCAUCUACGAGGAUGUUGCACUGCUGCUGCAGUACCACAUGCCGAAUGGUACACUGCUUCAGCUGCUGCACAAUUCAAAUAACUGCGACAGUGACAUCCAGAAACCUGACUGGCCAAAGCUGUUGUCAAUAGCCAUUGAUGUCGCCGAAGGGCUGGCAUUUCUCCACCAGGUUGCCACCAUUCACCUGGAUAUUUCUUCGGGGAAUGUCUUCCUUGACUCGCACUACAAUGGGCUUCUUGGCGAAGUUGAGAUCUCCAAGCUGCUGGAUCCAUCAAAGGGCACUGCCAGCAUCAGUGCGGUUGCCGGAACAUUUGGUUACAUACCUCCAGAGUAUGCCUACACAAUGCAGGUUACUGUACCAGGCAAUGUGUACAGCUUUGGUGUACUGCUGCUGGAGAUCCUGACAUCCAAGAUGCCGGUAGAUGAGGAGUUUGGCGAGGGUGUGGACCUUGUCAAAUGGGUGCACUCAGCCCCGGCGAGGGGGGAGACGCCGGAGCAGAUCAUGGAUCCGAGACUGAGCACCGUGUCAUUUGUGUGGCGGAGACAGAUGCUCGCCGUGCUCAAGGUUGCGAUGCUGUGCACGGAGCGUGCUCCGGCGAAGCGACCCAAAAUGAAGAAGGCGGUGGAGAUGCUGCAGGAGGCCAAGAACAGCUGACAAAUGCAUCAUCCUCUUGCUGAAUGCUGAGAUUGCUCCUUUGGAGACAAAAUGACAAGCAUUAAGAACAAUUGUGCGCCGUUUAUUUGUAGUAAUUCGUCCGUCUGGGUAUAAAAUCAAGUGGCCAUUUUCUUCUGUGUAUAUAGUCUAAAUUUCUCGCAAGCCAGUAUGUAUUGCCUGAUGCUGAACCUUGCAGCAUCAUAGAAUUGUGCAUUGUUGGAUGUUGAUAGUUUUGAGCAAAGUGCUUUGCACUAUUGCUUGCAACUGGCAAUGUGAGAAUUCUUGGUACAUUUCUGGCUGGAUGCUCCACUAAUCUAACUUUAGUUAAUCAA